CAAAAAUAUCGUUCUCAGCAAAAAAUUAUUUAAUUUCAUCAAUAAACGCAAUUAUUAUAGCCGCAAAUAACUUAAAUACAUUAUAAUAUUGACAAACAGCAGUAAUUGAUUUACAAAAAUGGGUGAAGCUAUAAUUGACGAUUUAUGGUCUCCAUUCAAGCAUCUAAGUCACCAAAUACAGACAUUUUUAGUAUCAAAUACUCAAGAUGUAAACUUGGCAAGUUUUGAAGCUCUAUUAAGGAAAAAUAAACAACAUUUCAUAUCUUUAUUGACAAAUCCUCCAAAGAACGAUGGAAGUAGAAAGGAAAUCAUGCAAGGUGUAACACAUGGAGUGAAUUUGCCAACAUUAGGACUUACGACACUUUCAAAAGAUUUAGUUGAUGAGACAAUUGUUCUCUCUGACAUGUACAAUUUAAAUGAAUUCAUUGCAUUGGAACUACUCACAACAGCUCAGCAGCAAAUGCCACAAUAUCCAGGUUUACCAAGAGGUUUAGUGGCAAUAUUGUUGUAUUAUGAUGGAAGAAAAACUUUAACAUCAGCACUAAAGGAUUUAAUGCAGGCACGAUUGGGGAUUUCUUGGUGCACAGACGGUGUUUCAUUAGAUAUAAUUCAGCUAGUCACUGCCUACACAGAUUCAUUAGUAGGAGAAGGAAUAUUAAAGAAAUGCAUUGAUCUUCUCAAAUCACUCGAUAUUAGUAAGGAACUGGAUCUUUUGACUAAGAAUCGAGCACUUGGACCUCCAAAGCAUCACAGAAUGGUCCUGGAUCUUUUCGAAGAAAUCCGCCAGAAUCUUGCAUCUGUCAUUUUCAAUUAUGCAGCACAAUCUGGAUUGCCAAAGGAUGUCACACUUAUGCUCAUUCAAUAUCUUAAAAAGUCCAAAUUGAGUGGCUCGCGAGGAGAAAUGAGUGAUGUCACGACAACUUUAGCAAUGACACUUUUAUAUGCACUCGAUUUAAGCAUAAUUCAUCGACGUGAAGAUGGAGAAGAUGUUGUUCGUCGUUUGCCAAUUAUCAAUGAUGAAAGCUUCUUUGACGAUAUUAUGACGGAACUGCUUAUUAAUGAUGACGCUGCCGACUCUAAUGAUAAAUGGGAAUCUAGUGGAUUGAGAGCAUUGUCCAUACUUGCUUUAGGACUGGCUUGCGGAACUUUGAGAAUGGCGCCACAGAAUUUGUAUGCUAAUUCCCAGCAACUAAUUGAAAAAGACGAGGAACUAGUUGACUUUGCCAUUCAUCUUAAGAUCUUUGAAUUCCUUAAUUUCACAUUUAUGGAAAAUUCAAUAAUUUUUCGAACAGAAUUCUUUUAUCGACGACUUCACAUCCUCUUCACUGAUUUCAUUGAAAUCAUGCAUACAAAAGUAACAGAAUUGAGGGCAAGGGCUGACGAAACUGCUCGAACAGUUAUGAGCUAUCAGCAACAAGGCUUGGAACCUCCAUCAAAUAUCGACAACAACUUUGCUAAUCUUUUAUGUGCUAUUGGAAAAUUCUAUGAAAAUGACAUUCUGAAUCUUCAAUUAAGUUUAGAAUAUUGGGGACCAAUGGAACACUCGGGAACUUAUCAUCGUACCUCAUCGCGUUCAGUUUGUUUAUUUAAAUUUAUGCGCCUUGCUGGAGAUUUGUUACCACAAACCUUGUUCAUACCUUAUUUAAAGAUGCUUUCUGGCCUAUCUGGAAAUCCUCAAGCAGCAAGAAAUGCUUUUAAUCUUUUAAAACAAGGAAAUGGGACUUCUGGAACUCCAUCAGUGUCAUGGGAUCAUUUCUUUACUUCAUUAGCUAGAUAUUAUCAAUCCCUUCGAAGUGAACAGCAACCAGCUAAUGACACCGUUUACCGAUCAAGGGUCUUCUCAAGAGCUAUAAGCCCGCAAGAAAUAGCUGGAUUACAAGCAGUUUUGCAUGUCAUCAAAACAGUCGCUACACACGAUGAAGUGGCAAGAAUUGCACUUUGUGAACAACCAAAUUAUUCUCCAAUUCCAAUAAUACUCGGAUUAAUCAGCUGCUCAGUAAUUAUAACAUUAAAAGCAAAUUUAGUGUUGACUUUGGCAGCAUUAGGAAAAUCCAGUGAAACUGCAAUUCAGAUUUGGAAUUCAUUAGAAACGUCUCAAAUUAUCUGCACAGUUCCAUCAGUUAGUAACUUUGGAAAUCGAGGAAUCGAAUCAGAAUUGGAGGAAAUUGAGUCGAGGAAUGAAACUUAUCCAUUGACAAAAGCUGUUCUAGAAUUAUUGCAUACAAUAUCGAGUGUUAUUAUUCCAAAAAAUCUCGGCGCUGGAACUAGAAAAACUGGAUUAGAUCCGUACAUAAUUUUCAUUAUUGAAUCUGUGUUUUUGAAAUUCUAUAAUCGCAACUUUAAGGAUCCUCAAGAAAAAUGGGAAGUUGCUGAAAAAUGUCUUCAAAUUUGUGAAAUGUUUAUGAGGAUGUACGAUCCAACACCAUCUGAUUUUCCAAUAACUCAUGGAUCAAAUGAAGAAAAUCCACCGCCAGGAUUUCACAUUACACUACAAUUACACACAAAAUCUGAAUUUCUACGUCUCAUGAUGCAUCUUAUUGAUGAAGCAUGCACGAUGCUUGACAGUUAUUCGCCAUUUAGUGGAAAGAAGCAACUUGAAAAUACAAUUAUGUACGGAUUAAGUAUAAUAACGAUGGGUCUAGAAAAGCAGCAUGUCUUUUUUGAUGCACACUUUGCUGCAAAUAGUCCAAUCUUAUUAACUGGAUGUUCUAAAUUGUUACUGGAUGUUAAUCCAAGAAGUGGUCGAAGUGAUCAUAUGCUGAAUAUUAUCAAAAUGGUCACUUACAAUUCAUGGUUGCCACGACACGCUUUAAUGGCUAUUAAAAUCCUUCACCGAAUAAUUUUACAGCCAAAUGUAAGCAAUCAAUUGCUUGGAGUGCUUACUAGUAAUGAAAGAGUCAAAUUAGAAAUUCGUCAAGGAUUUGUGGAAUGUUUAGAAAAUGAUGUUGACAUUGAUGGAGAUAAUGAACUAGGAUUUACGCUGGAAAUGGAAAUUAAAGAGGAAAUAAUAAGUUUACUGAAAGAUGCAUUGCCACAAUCAGCUCCAAAUUUAGCUCAUUAUUUACUCGGAUUUGACAUCAACAAGGAUAUAAGGCAGAGCAACUUGCAGCAACCAGGAAUUUUAGAUUUUCCAAGUACAUGCUCGAAAUCAUUAAUUAACAUGCUGGAUCAAUAUUUGGAAUGUGUAAAAACCAACACAGUAAUUCCUUCACUAAAAUUAAAGUUAAUGGAAAGUGCUUAUGGACUUGUCUACAGCUUGUGCUUCAAUUUUAGAACUUCUGAAGUUUUUAUGCGUUUUUUGAGGACCUGUAGUGACUUCCUUUGUCGUCAUGUCGCCCAAUUACCAUUUAAUAAUUACAAUGAAAGUCAUCACGUCUUGAAUCAAAUGACAGCACUGCUUAAAUGUGCAGCAAUUGAUCUUAAAGCAACAGCUGAGAAGAAUCAACAAAGUCAUUUCGGAAGCAUGUGUAAAAUUUUAUUAGGAUUAUCAUCAAGCUCAAACUUUACCGAAAGUGUUCAAGUGGAAUUAGCUCAUUAUCAACAGUCAUUAAUUGGAAUUGAUACAUCGAGCAUGCCACAAAAAAGGAAUAAAAUAUCGAAAAUGAUUUGUGAACUACUUGACUGUGUUGAGUUUGAAUUGAAGCCACUGGACCGUCCAAAAUGGGAUCAUUUUGAUAAUUCAUUGAUGAAUAGCUUGUUUGCUAGCUGUGAGAUUGUUGGAACUGCCAAUGGAGUUAAACUUGUUGAUAUUAAGAGAAUUCAUGGAAUUUUAAAAGAGGAACUUAAUUCCGUUCAGUCAACAAUCGCAGCAGGUCAAAGGCAAUUUAUAUUGCAGGAAAUUGAGUCAAUCAUGAUGUAUGCUUUACAGUCCAAUCAGCAAAAGCUUCUCGUAAAUGCAAAUGUCAAAUUUAUGGAGUCAUGGAGUCAAGUUACGGAAAUCAUAUUCAGCGUACAGCCUCAAUUCUUUUUUACACCUGAAACGAAAAGAAAUUUGAUUAUUGAAAUUUUGGAAGUGUUACUAAAGAAAGUUGUGCCUGCACAAAUUGCUCAAAUCAUUACAGAAUUAUCAAAUAUUGCGUCAUCAACUGUUUUGUUGCUGUUAAUGAAUUUAAGAGUUUCGUGCAUGAAGCGAAAUGAAGGCAGUUCAAAUGAAUCAAGAGAUUCGACAUUUUUCGGGAAUCAGACAUCAAUGUCAGUUGAUUUAAGUCCAACAAAGUCAAAUUCAUCACAUUUAAAAUACAUUUUUAAGAACAUUAUUGAAUGGAUUAUUAUUAGUGGAAGUUCUGGAAGUCAAAAAUUAAGAAUGAAUCUUUAUGCAGCACUUUUGAACUUUAUUUACAUCAUCAAAGGUGAUAAUGAUAAGGAAAAGAUGGCAAUUGAGGAACAAAAAGAAGAUUUUUAUGUAUCAAGACUUGAUCGAUCAAUAAUGAAGAGAAAAUUCAAUGAAGAAGAUCCUAACAGCAGAAUAGAAAUGGCUGUUGAGAUUUUACAGUCAUUUGGUGACAAGCUUGUUGAUAUUUUGUGUCAUGACUCAACAGCACAUGAUGUCGUUCGGAUGCUAGCUUUUGCAAGCAUUAAUUUCCUAUUAGACAUCGACACAAUGACUCAAUUUAUUAAUUUCAUUUCCUCUCGCGGAUAUCUUGGUCACAUCAUCGAUAGCUUACUUAAAACCGAUCAUAAAUUGCAGAAAAUUCUAGACAACAAGCCUGACAAUUUGAAGGCACUUUAUGUCUAUGAAUCGAAAAUGGCUAUGUUGACGAGAUUCGCAUCAUCUUAUGUCGGUGCUGAAUUAUUGCUUGAACAUCGUGUAAUUGGCGUUUUGUCACAAAUGAAAGUUUUUGACUUACAUCCAGACUUCCAAAUUAAUAACUUGAUGGAUAUGAAUGAAAAUUCCUUUAUUCCACCAAUUAAUCAUCGUUAUCAGCAGAUACUAUUUCCAGCACUUAAUUUAUGUGAUGUCAUUUUAAUGACACUUGGACCUGAAAAUCAAUCAGUUGUCACACAAAUAACUCAUUUCCUUCUCUCGCAUUCGGACAUUGUUGAGAUUGUUUUGCGUGCUGGAACGCCUUCUAUGAAUUUGGGAUUGUUGAAGGAAUUGUCAGGCUUAACAAGUCUCAUUGCAAGAGCAUCAAAUCAGAGCAUUAGUGAUUUGAUGGAUCCGAGUGGAAAUAAUGACAUUGGUGCUCAUUUAUACCGUCUACAAAAGUUAAUGAUGAGCUUAUAUCCAAGAUUUACAUUAAGUAAUAAUAACUUAAAGGAAAUCCAUAAAAUUGUUGGUAUGUCAAUGGAAACGGAAGAGCUUGAGAAUCAAAAGGCUGAAAAGAAUCUUGUGUUCCUUCAAAUAGCUGCAAAUAUCGCUCUGUACGCACGAAAUUGCAUAGCUAAUCAUUCAGUCGAUCAUCGAACAACAAAAGUUCUAUUUUCAAUUAACAGCGAAAUUUUAUCGACACAGGAAACGACUGCAUCGACGCCCGACUUGAGUGUUGUCGUGACUCAACUAAAGUGUUGCGUGGAACAUUAUAAUCGCGAAAAGCUUACUUACGAUACAUUCUUACGUCAGAAAAAUAAUUUGCCGACAAUAAGUUUGGAUGUUAAUAUUACACAACAGCAUCAGCACUUGACAGAGAAAAUAACAGCAAAGAAUGAGGAAUUAAAGCUUUGUAUUUUCAUACUGGAAAAUUGCUUGUAUUUAUUGUGGUCUCACUUGGAUUAUUACAUGCUACGUGCCAUAACGCCUGCACUUCAAUUGAAUGGAUUUUCGAGCAUUGGAAGUGAUUUGACUGCCGAAGUGCGAACAAUGAAAGUUACGAAUGAAGAGAUUGCUAAAUUGAAGCAAAAUCUUGUGUCUGUGUUUAGUGAGACAUUUUCUAAACAGCUGUUGGCUACGCAGGAAUCAUCUUCAAACUUUGUAGAUGUUUUGCUGAGACGAAUUAAACGUUUAAUUCAAUUUGUUCCAGUUGAUUAAGUUUAUUAAUUUUGUAAUUUUCUUCUUUUAUCAAAUUCUUUCAUUAUUUUCGUAAUAAAUAAACAUGUCAGAAAAGUAAA